CUAUUUUCAGUAUCCCAAAUCCUUACAGUCCACUCUCCUACAAUUCCCCUCUCUCAUGUCUCUUAUCAAUUAUCAUAUGCACAUCAAUCCAUCCUUUCUUCAUUUCCAAUUGGCCACUCACCUAUCCGUGCCAUCCACCUCUCUCCAGCAGCGCCGCCACCAUCACCAGCAUCGGGACGCCUAGGCACCCAUACGGCUCUACACCGUCCUACAUUUACGUAUAUCCCUCCUCCAAUAUCAUCCUCCUAUUCCCCCUUGACAACACCACUAUUGUCGUGACCCGGCGAGAUACAGCAGCUUCCGGCCGCCACUGCCCGGGGAGCUCGGAACCCACCUGCCCGCCGCGCUAGAGCUCGCCUUGCGCCGCCCCUGACAUGCCCAUCCUGGCCCCAUCUCAAACCCCGUUCUGAUUUCACCUCUGGACCCCAUUCCCCGAUUGAAAGAGACGCACGAUUUGCUCAUCUGUACACCCAUCGCCCACCACUCAGCUCCAGCACGCCGCCUGAUGUACCGUUUACCUGCGUCCGCGCCUGGGACUGCCUCCCGGACCUAGCACACCAUCCGAUCCUCUGACUUCACCUUUCCCUCACCGUCGGUCGGUCUCUGCACGGUACUGGUCACUACGUACCAAGAUCUGAGCAAGCGACACACUGCCGAGAAUCCAGAUCCCCCGGCAUAUGUGCCUCGUCCCUUGGUUCCACGCAGCCGUAUCACGCCCUUGUCUCCCGCCCGCACCUCACGGGCGACCCUCCCAGACCGCCUGCAAACAAUCAAGCCCGGGUCCUGCGAUAGGCAGGCAGGUGCCCCUGCUAUUCAUGCAGUAAGGUAAGUCCAGUUAUCGGGGUACGGCAGGAGCAGGCGAUAUGGGCAUCCUAGUAGCCCGCGUCCCGGAAAGGGAGGGAGCGCCACUUGGUGCACCACCAGUUACCUACCCAGGUUGCGGGAACAACCUAGUGAGUGAGAUCGUCGUAUCUAUUUCCUCGCACCGCGCCGUGGCAUUCCUCGAUGCGCGCGUCCGUAUUCUGUUGUCUUCUCCCUUUUUGCGUCUUCGAUUGUCGUCCGGAUGGAAGACGAAGCGCCGGAGGGACUUGUGAGGGAAUAUAAACUCUCUCACUUCCCCCCCGUCUCUCACUGCGUUUCUUCUGCAUCCUCUUACCAGUGUUAACCCCCCUUUCCAAGCCACACCCUACCUCCUACUUCUCACUCACCACCCUAUCCUACCCAAACUACUACCACACCACCUCACUCACAUAUCCAAUAAACCGCCAACAUGGUCGUCAAAACAAUCACACCCCCCGCCGCUCCACUCCGCAUCGUCCUCGGCGGCGACGAAGCAGGCUUCGCCUACAAAGCCGCCAUCUUCCAAGACCUCGAGGAUGACCCGCGCGUCUCCCUCGUCACAGACGUCGGGCCCUACUCGGUCUCCGACACCACCGCCUACCCGCACUACGCCGUGGCAGCCGCUAGAAAGAUCGCAGCUGGAGAAGCAGACCGCGCUAUCCUCAUCUGCGGCACCGGCCUCGGCGUCGCCAUCGCCGCCAACAAAGUCCCCGGCAUCCGCGCCGUCACCGCCCACGACAGCUUCAGUGUCGAACGCGGCGUGCUCUCCAACAACGCGCAGGUCCUGUGUCUGGGGCAGCGCGUCAUCGGCGUCGAGCUCGCGAGACGAUUAGUCAGGGAGUGGGUGGGAUAUCGCUUUGAUGGACGGAGUAAGAGUGGCGAGAAGGUGGAGAUCCGCUUUCUGUCAACGCUGCCUUCUUGCCGACACUGCCUUCUUGUUAAUGCUGCCUUCUUGAAACUGUCCUUUCCACCAGCGCGCCUCACGAUGGUCAAUAAUAAGCCGAGUAGCAACUACCCGAAUCUCCUGCGCAUCGGCUUCCAUCUCACUUAUCCGGGUUUCCAUUUCCUGGAUGUCGACGCCUUCUAA